GUCGGCCCGCUGCGGAGUCCGUCAGUGCAACAUCCCGUCUAUACCUUGGCUGGCUCACACUCUCUAGUGUUGGAUAAGGUAGGAACCUCGGCUCGCACUUGCAUCAACGCUUCGAAGCUACAAACUGCCUUAUUUAAUGGUUCCCCAGAGUACCUUACCUCUUUCGAAUUACUAAGUAAAGUGGCAAGCUCCUCUACCCACGUCAUUAGGAAACUCGGCUCCAAACACUCGGAUCAGAUCAGCAACCAUGGCCCAGGGACAACCUGGUCUCCGACCUCUCGAGAAGUUGGGUCUCAUCUUUCAUGUGCUCUGGGCUUUCCCUACCUUGUUCUCAAUCGUAGCUCUCGGGCUACCACGCGCCAUCCACCGAGGCAUCCCGCUGAGAUUCUGGCUCCUGGCCACAACUUACCGCAUCGUUCUGGGCUGCUUCAAGCCGCGCGAGAUCCAAUUCCUUGCCACUCCUACCCUCGAGGUCUACUCGGCCUGGGUCGCAAAGCAAAAGGCCAAAGAGUCCAAGAACGGCAACGUAACCGCCCUCAGCCGUCUGCACCAAGACAUCGAACCCCUCGGCACCGAGGCGGGUACCAACAAUGUCGCAACCGACGGCGGCAGCGGAAGCAUCAUGUGGCUAGGCAAUCGCAAAAAGGCCUCCAAGUUCGUCCUCUUCUUCCACGGCGGCGGGUACAUCGCCCCGCUGGCUCCGGGCCACCUCACCUGGUGCUGGGAGAGCUACGUCAACGGUGGCCCCGGCGGUGCCGAUGGAGGGGAGGUCGCCGUCGCAGUCUUGCAGUAUACCCUCUGCCCGGGCGCUACGUACCCGACGCAGCUGCAGCAGGCCGCGGCGGCCCUCAACCACCUCCUAGGGUCCGGCGUCACGCCAGAGAACCUCAUCAUUGGCGGCGACUCGGCCGGCGGAAACCUCACAGCUCAGGUUCUCUGCCAUCUCCUCCGUCCCCACCCUGAUGUCGAGCCCGUUCGGUUGACUAGCCCCCUUGCCGGCACAUUCUUGGUCUCCCCUUUCCUCUCCCUUCGCACCGAUGCCGUGACCUUCCGGGAUAAUCACCGCGUCGAUAUGCUCUCGGCGGCCAUCGUCGCCAACGGUGGCAAUUACCUCUUUGCCGACGACCACGCGCAGAAGCAAGCCACGAAUCCGCACGAGCCGCUGGCGCUGGAUGGCGAUAUGGAGUGGUUCGGGGAGAUUCACACAAUUGCCAAGUCGGUGUACGUGACCGCUGGUGCGCAGGAAGUGUUUUGCAACGAUUCACGGGUUUUUGCGGAGGCGGUCAGGAGACGGAAUCCCGGGCUGAAUGUCCAGCUUGAGGUGGCGGCGACCGAGGUCCACGAUGGGAUUCUGAUCGAGUCCGAGUUCGGGAUGAUCGGGGAUGCGUCUCAGAGGAUGAGAAGUUGGGCAUCGAAGUGUCUUUGUUGAGUUUUCGGUCGAUGAAUGAAUGCACAUGAUACCAUCGCAUUUGAUGACCGCAACAUGACAAGUGCUUGUCGGGAUUUCUGUUCUUUUCUCUGCUGCCGCGUCGUUCGUCUAGUGCGCUCGCAAGAAUAUGCCUGUCCAUUGAACUGUGGCG